GAGAGAGACUUUCAGAGAUGAUGGACACUAAUAAUAGAAUUCUUUUGGUUAUUGCUGUUACCUUUGGCUUUAGUAAUUCUUACUUUAGUAAUUCUUAUUUUUAUCACGAACAAUUCAUAAAAGAUCCAUUUUCGUAUGAUGGGCUCAAAACUGAUUUUUAUCUGAUGGUGGACUUUGUAAGGGGAGCGAUACAGUGUGCAAGUAAAUGUUCACAGAAGCGGAAAGAGUGUAUAUCGUUUGCUUGGAAUGAACGAACACUGAAAUGUUUGCUGUACAAUCGCAGUUUCAAAAGCAUGCAACCUCCAGCUCAGCUAUAUGAAGAAUGGGAAUACUAUCACACCCGAGAAUGUUCGAGGUAUCUGGAAAAUGGUAUGAUUAACGUGGAUAUAGAUAAAGUGUUUACCCCUGGAGUAACCAGGACAGUCAGUUGUAAUGAUGGCUUUGUUGCAGUAUCUGGACAAAUUAACGCAACAUGCAACCCUAAUUUUCAAACAGUUGUUUCCGAUACUUGCCGUGAAGUCCUGCGAAAUAUCACGGUUGGCAAGCCUACAGAACAGAUAUCAACCUUAUGGAAGUACGAAUCUGGUUUAGCGGUGGAUGGAAUUAGAGACACUGAUAUUGACGCUCUCUCCUGUUCGCAUACAGAUGUCUCUGAUGAUAAUCCGUGGUGGAGAGUUGACCUUCUAAAGGUUUACUUCAUUGUUACUGUAAGAAUGCUCAACCGGGGAAUGGAUCGAUAUGGAAUAGAUGUGUCUGAUCGCCUUCGUAAUGUUUCCAUCAGAACCGGAGAGACCGUGUCAAAUAUCUCAACACUCUGUGGUUUCUAUGCUGGUCCUGGAACUCUUGGUGAACUGGUCACUAUUGAUUGCCCGCCCUCCACUACUGGACGCUACGUUGAAAUCGCCUUGAUCACCGAAAUUUUGAGCCUUUGUGAAGUUGACGUUUUUGUUGCUUCAGUAUAAAGGGCCAAUUAAUUGACAAUUUUUUUAAUUACUCUACAUGACAGAUGAAGAAAAUAGCGUUUGAAAUAUGUAUCAGAAUUUGAUAGAAAGACAUCGGUCAUUCAAAUGGUUUGAUUGUAUAUUUAUUGCUUAAACAGGCUCAUCAUACCACUCUCUGAUGAAAUACUACACAAAAAAAUAAACCUCCAUUGUGUCGUGGCUGUUUUCUGCUAGGGACAAAUUGUAUAGGUUCGCUUUAUUAUUUUAUA